GAAACCUCCUUUAUAUCCAGUCAUCAGACACGUGGUACACUGGGACACUUAAAGCAGCUCAAGCUCCAUCCCGCUGGGUGAUGCUUACAUCGUCGGCCCGCAUGAUCUACAAUGGAUCAACAGCAGGACAGCGUUUUCCUCAAUCGGAACAACAGCGCUGUCGCGCCAUUGCCGUUCAAGCGCAAGAUCAAAGGCGUUCCCCCCACCCUUGUCGGCGUAGCGUCACGAUCACAGGCUCAACCGACAUUCGCCACCUCCUACGAACAUAGCUAUGCGCGCACGAAUGACAGCGCUGCACAUAACAUGACGACGCCGAGCCCGUCCGACGAGCCCAAUGGUGGGUCACCAGGCAGCCUUCCGUCGAGCCCACCGGCGCAUGGAGGUGCUUCCUAUCACCCAGGCACAGGGCCGAUCCAGACGCAGAGUCGCAAGCGAUCAUGGGCUCCGUCACUGAAUACGCUGCCGCUCGCGCAUCUGCGUCUGCUGGAUACGACCAGCGCAAGCGGGUUCGGUAACACUGGCUUGACCGAUCCGGUCACGUCACGUCCGCUCAAGACGCCACAGGGCGAAUUUUCGUUUGGAUCUUUGCUCUCAGCUGCAUGUAGCGAUGCAGAGCAGGCGCAGCAAGGGAACAAAUCCACCGCAUUGACCGGCAGGGAGUACCCUGGGAUGACGCUAAACUUGAAUCAUGUAGAACAGCAGGAGAUGAAGCGCGAACGGCAGCGGAGGCUUCAGUUGGAGUCACAGCGGCAGCAAGAAUGCGCGCACGCUCAAGGCGAGUCGGGCUCAUGUUCAGCGGAACCACCGACGAAGAGGCGGAGAGGGAUGGCAGGAGCUAUCGUAGAAACGGCCCUACAUGCGACAUUGAUGGCUGGCGCCGCCGCUAUCACGGCGUAUUCGCUAUGGUCCAGUUGGGGACGUAAAAAUAACGACGAAAACUCGCCCUCUCCGGGACCGGACCAGCAGCCGCCUCGAUGUGAGGAGCCGGAUCCUAUCAUACCAGGAGGGAUUUCAGACUCUGAACCGCCACCGCCAUAUCAUGCCGAACAGUCCACGCCGCUAUCGCCCGCCCGCUCACAGAGCUCUAUAGGCCGGCCACAACGCGUAUUUGUUUCCUCACGACGGCGGCGGCUUAUCUUUCCGUCGCAGCGCAAUUCAGGCCGCGCACACAUCCGCGAGAUCGCAGCUGCACUGCAACGGCAAGCGGCGGAGAGCAGCGCCUCUCCUUCUCGCGAAAGGUCAUUGCCCCUGGAGAAGGAGGCGGUCACGAAAGCAAAUGCCAAAGGGGAAAGAGGAAACGAUGAGGAUGAGGAUAAUGAUGAGGAUGAGGAUGACGACGAGGAUGCGAUGUACAAGCGCUUCGAGGAGAAGAUGAAGAGCAUGAUUGCAGAGGGGCAAGCGGCAUUGUCGAGCAAGGCGGACCUGGACGGCAUGGAUGUGCAUCUAGAUGACGAGCUACCACCAAUGCUGACUUCCAGCGCUUCGGAACCGCUGCAUCUUCACCAGCAGCAACUGCAAUCGCAAGCGCGGUCACGGCAUACAACUUCCCAUCAUCGCUUCGCGUCUGCUGAUCUAGCGAGCAGUCAAUUGCACAGGGACCCUUCUUUAUCGACGCAUAACAACGGCGGCGCAUCGCUCGCAUCGGCAGCACAAGGUUUCCAUUUCAAUUUCCAGCAACCAUCCCCUCGCUUCAAGCAGACCACACCUCAGCCAUCAGGCAAAUCAGCAUCAACAAUAUCAGCAUCAGCAUCAGCAAGAGCAGACCCAGCACCGCACAACCCUUUUACGUUCGCACCGCGCGGCGCAGGGGGAGUGCCGAGGUCCAGUACCGCGAGCCGCAGCAUGAAUGGACACGACCAUGGUCAUGCAGACACGGGCAGUCCAUGCGCACGCUCUUCGGCAGCCGGUGCUGCGGCUAGAAACGGUGGGAAAGGAGGCGUGGCGGGGUCAGGAGCAGUCUCACCGCCGAGCAGCCGCGUCAGGCGAUGAUGUGCCGUGCACCCUCAUUUGGAUGGCAUUCCUUCCCCCCUCCGGCGAGUCGCACACUCACAAUACACCACACCACUCUCAUUUGUCUGGCUUUACGCUUUUCAGCCUUGCACCCGCCCCCGCCUCGUGCGUUCAGCCUCAGAGGAGGAAUGCAACGUAGCGAAAGACGGCCACCCAUUCUGUCCUGUUGUACAAUUUAUGUAACUAGCUUACAGAUUCAUCACUUGCUCUCGUGCGAUGUAAUAUGCUGGCUACAGACUGCAUCAGCGCCACCAU